GUAGAGUGUAGGAGUAUAGAGUGAACACUAAACGCCAGGCCGGCAAGGAGCAUAGUUGUGCGCGAGAGGCAGGGAACGAGUCUGAUAAUCGAUUUGUAAUUGCCAGUAUUAUUGAAUCAUGAACCGUCUUAUUCUGAUCAGUGCUGUGUGCAUGCAGUUUGGCUGGAUCUUCGGAGCACCAAACCCCGAAGGCGUCGGCGCUUACGCAUAUCAAGACUCGGAUGGAAAUAGGAUCGAAUUAACAUAUCCGAUAACACAGCCGCUGCCGCCGUUAAAACCACUCCCACCGCUGCGACCGCUGUGGUUCCAUCCUCUGAGUAUUGCCCCACCACUUCCUCCUUUACACCCACUGAUACCCCUACAACCGCUGAGGCCUCUACCACUGUUUCAUCCGUUGCAAUUAUUAGCGUUCAAUCCUUUGCAAUUAUUUCCACCCUCCCCAGAAUCUAGAACAAUACAACCACUCUCACCUCUUCCGCCCCUACAACCUCUGCAACCUUUACUACCGCUGAAACCUCUAGAUCCACUUCCACCACUCCAACCGCUGCAACUUUCAGCACAGGACAGAACAUUAGCGCCACUGAGGCCUCUACCACCGCUGAAACCACUACAACCCCUACCACCACUGAGGCCUCUACAACCCUUGCAACCUCUACUACCGCUGAAACCACUACAACCACUACCACCACUGUUACCGUUACAACCGCUGCAAGUUUCAGCACAGUACAGAACAUUAGAACCACUGAGGCCUCUACAACCCUUGCGACCUCUAUCACCACUAAAACCACUACAACCACUACCACCACUGUUACCGUUACAACCGCUACAAGUUUCACCGUUCCAUCCUUGGAAUUUAUUUCCUUCAGUUCAGUUUAGAACAUUAGCGCCACUGAGCCCUCUACAACCCUUGCAACCUCUACCACCGCUAAAACCACUACAACCACUACCACCACUGUUACCGUUACAACCGCUGCAAGUUUCACCGUUCCAUCCUUGGAAUUUAUUUCCUUCAGUUCAGUUUAGAACAUUAGCGCCCCUGAGCCCUCUACAACCCUUGCAACCUCUACCACCGCUGAAACCACUACAACCCCUACCAUCACUGUUACCGAUACAACCACUUUCACCAUUCCAUCCUUGGAAUUUAUUUCCUUCAGUACAGGAUAGAACAUUAGCGCCACUGUCUCUACAACCCUUGCAACCUCUACCACCGCUGAAACCACUGCAACCCCUACCAUCACUGUCACCGUUACAACCGCUACAAGUUUCACCGUUCCAUCCUUGGAACUUAUUACUUUCAGUUAAUUAUAGAAUAUUAACGCCCCUGAGGCCUUUACAUCCUUUGCGACCUCUACUACCGCUGCAACCCCUACUAUCACUGCUACCGUUACAACCGCUGCAAGUUUCACCGUUUCAUCCUUGGAAUUUAUUUCCAUCGGAACAGUACAGAACAUUAGCACCACUGAGGCCUCUACAACCCUUGCAUCCGCUACCACCGUCGAGUACCAUACAACUAGUAUCAUCAUCACUGUUAGUAUUUCCAUCAAGUCCCUUACUACCGCUAAGACCCCUUCUCCCACUAAGACCCCUACCCCUACUACCACUCCCUUUGUUACCUUUUCACCCGCUGCAAGUGUCACCGUUCCAUCCGUGGAGUAUAAUCCCACAGCAUCUGCCGUUAAGGACAGAGGUGUUUAAAUCGAAUAAAGAGUAUCAAAAAAAGGCGUUAGACUCUGCUAAAAAGGCCUACGACGUCACGUCGAAUCAGGCUGGUUUCAUGAACUUCGACUUCUCCAGGUUCCCAUUCAACGGAGGGUUCAGUAAUUUCGGGAUGCCCAACUUUGGACCUCAGAAUGGGCAGUUUGGCGGCCCAAACUCGGCGUACGCAUCGGGUUCGGCCAUGCCGGGGUAUUCGCACCAAAUAGCUGCCAUUAAUCCGGGGAAUCCGAGCCAGCCGAACGUGGACAUCAAGAACCGCUUCGCAGACGACGGUACCGGUGGCAACGGUGGCUACAUGAGCGUGUCCAGCACCUCGUUCGCCACGUCGUCCAAUGUGAACGGGCAGGAGCAGGCCCACCGCGGGGCCGAGACCGUCGUCAACAACAACGGCGUUGUCCAUCGCUACAAGGUGGAGUCCUAAACACACGGGGAAUCUUAGGGGCAUUUCAGAAAAACGACGGGUAAAGUAUGACUCACGUUAGACCGGGCCCUGUCCGAGCCGGAGCUUCCAGCGCAUCGUUUUAUAUGGAAAGCAUCACGAAGCUCCGGCCCGGACACCGCCCGGUGUAACGUGAGUCAUCCUUAAUUGGCGCUAAUUUUUUAACACUGGUAAAAUUAUGAAGCCGAUAUUUAGCAUGAUAACGUUUGAUAGCUUAGCUUUAAAUUCUAAGAUUAUAAUAGAGAUUUCCGGAGGUCAUUAAAGUAGCUGCCAUACGUGUCAAUUCCCCAAGAGUAGACCUUUUUGCUCCCUUUGUUUUACUGCGCGUUUUAGCGUUAUUAUUCUAACUAUUCUAACUACAAUUACUGUUACAAUAAAAGAAUUAUAUGGAAAAACUUAGAUGAAAUUGUAGACUCAGAAUAAUGGCCAAAAACGUCGCAAAAUUAACCUAGCACAAGUAAUAUGAGUUGAGUCAGUUGGGGCAAGUGCUCAGUACGGUUACCAUCAGUUUGUCACUGACAUAAACGCCGUCGAGAACGUAGUUUACUUUCUAUACAUCUCGCUCGCACUCGCAUAUUAGUGUAAACGGGAUGUAUAGAAAGUAAAUUACGUUCUCGACGGCGUUUAUGUCAGUGACAAACUGAUGGUAACCGUACAGAUGAGGCCAAAGUUUUCUUGAAAUACAUUCACCGUGCCGCAUUUCGCUCAGCUCUUCUGUUGAAGGGAAGCAAUUCACACGCUGAAAACGAGAUCUGGCACGGAUACCAAACUGACUUAAUUAACCGACGACUCAUUUUUCUAGCGAUUAAUGUACUGUGAGAAAACUGUCUUUUUAUGUACUCCUACAAUCCCUACAUAAAAGUUUGUAAGCUCUUUUUACUUAAAGGCACAUAUUAUUUAUUAGUGGGGAGACACAUUAGUAUUAUCGUUGUUAUAGUCUAACCCCCUUAUUCAUAAAAGCUUAUUAAUAAAGUUGACAAGCCAGUACCUAAUAAUCGUUUGUCCCUUUCCGACGUAUUAGUAUGAUGAAAAGGGACAAACGAUUAUUAUCGGCUUGUCAACUUCAGUAAACGUUUAUGAAUAAGGGGGUAUAUGUUGAUCAAUAUGGUCACAUUUGAUAAAACUUCUUUCUGGCAGUGAGGGAAUGGAAAUAUGUUUUUUCAAAGUAUUGUGAUACAUGUAUUUCGAAUUAUAAAUAGUUAUAUUGUGAAUAGUUAAGUCCUAAGCAAUAAAUGUGCUGUGACUCUCUUAUACCUAUAUUUAUCCCCUGUAUAAGAAAAUUAUAUAAAGCGCUAGUUAUUUUAUUCGAGAAAUAUAUGUUAAUUAAGGUUUUAAUGUAA